AAAGUUGUUUCGGUUGCGAACAUGCCCUUUCUGCACGAGGAAAACCGCUGCGGCUCACAGAUAAUCUGAUACAAUUUGCCAAUUAAAGUGCGAAGUAAAGCAAAUUGUUAAACGUCGCCGGGUGCGAACGCGUCGUUAUUGAUCAAAUUGCCCAGUACAAGUUGUGUUUUCUGCAAUCAUGGCCGAUCCGAGCGCUGGCAAUUCGCAGUCGCAGCACAGGAAUGUGGAAGGCACAACAUCGACGACGAUCACAAUUGAUAGGACGGACGCACAAACGCAGGAAGCAACAGUACAAUUGAAGCUGAGGAAAGCCAGUGGUGAUAGAAAAGUAAAAUGGUCGUCGGAAACAGUGGACAAUGAACACAUGGAUAAAAAGAAAUCAAAAUGUUGUUGUAUUUAUAAGAAAGCUCGACCCUUUGGGGAAAGCAGCUCAGAGGAUGAUAGCGACGAUGAAUGCGAUCACCACCAUGCCAAACCUAAACGAGACAAAACUAUGAAUACUGAAGAUACAACUUGUGAAAUGCACGAUCCUCCAUUGGAGACAGUUCCUUCAGAAUAAACUAGUGUUAAAAAAAUAACUAAUAACUAAAUUUAAUAUUGUUACACUAUAUUACUAAUAUAGAUAAAUCUACCAUGUUCAAAAUAAGAAGGAACUUGUUUUUGCAUUUACUAUAUUUACAUAAAACUUGAAAUAUUUAUAUACGAAUGCAAUUGAUUUUGAACAGUGAACAAAAUAUUUAUUUUAAAUGAUUAAGACUUUGCCAAUAAUAUGCCAUGCAAUAUUUUUAUAUUUUGUCUUUGACAUCGCUGAAAUGCGAUUUGAAAAUCCGUAACGUGAUUCAUACUUAUAAUUUAUUACUAAGAUUUUGUAAGACGUUAAUGGUUGAUUUAGUAGAAGAAAAGACAAUUAACAUACAUUCUAAAGAAAAGUAAGAUCUCGAUUAGAGUUCCCAGAAAUUGAACGUGAUAUUUACAUGUUUGUAUUUGAUAUUGACCAGAAGAACUACUCAAAGUAUUCCUAGUAUCUUUAAUGUAUGAUGGUUUUUUGUUAUGUUACGUGAAAGAUUGCAUGUUUUGGAAAAACACUUAUUCUGACAAAAUUGAAAAUGGUAGAACGUUAAUUAAAAUUGUAAAGAUAUGAUGUGAGGAUAUUGAAGUUUGUUACCGGUAUUUUUAAUUGUGAUUUAAACUAUAACUAAAAUCAAACUUAACAAAUG